UUACAAUAAUACUUAUAUUACUAAAAUAGCAAAGAGAGAUGUUCUCGUCGAGAUGUUAACUACUAUAUAUCCUGAAGAAAGUGCAUAAUAACCCAAAAGUUGAUGCCCCAGAACUGUGACGUUAUAAUACUUUGAGCAAACAUGAUCAUUCAAUGAUCGGCCAAAGGUUUUGCGAAAGAAUGGGUACACAAGCAGAGUUACAUGAAGGAAGCCUCUAAUAAAUGAAAAAUAUAAGCUGCUUAGAUUGAAAUAUGCAAAUAAAUACCAAAAAAAAGAUCUGGAAUUUUGGAAAACCGUUAUGUUGUGAAAUACGGUGGUGGUAGUACGAUGGUGUGGGGGAAUUUAUAGCCUUCUGUGACCAAAUUAGGUUUUGGAGAUCACUGGUUUUUCCAACAGUGAAAGAAUGGCUACUUUAUUAUGCUUCACGGCAACUUUACAGUUCUCCUCGAUCACCAGACCUGAAUCCUAUUGAGUAGUUUAAGAGGUAGUACAGCACAAACCGAAAAAUGUAGCGAUAAGUAGCAAGGGUUCACUAAAAGGAGCUCUCACGAAAAUCUGGUUUAAAAUAAAGGCGUCAGAAACGGAAAAUUUAGUCCUUUACAUGCCACGUCGUCUGCAAGCAGUAAUAGAAACCCAUAAUAGUCCAACAAAAUAUUAAAGUAUUAUAUUUUGCUGAAAAUUUUGUCAAUUUCUUUGCAUUACACAUAAUUUUUGCAUGUGUAUUUGCUUUAACGGCAGAAUUAUUUAAUAUAUUAAGUCUGCAAGGCUCUUUACAUGCUGUUGCAAUCGCAUCACAGUUGUGUGAUUUUUCUUUGUUUUAUUUUGCAGACUUUUUUUUCGUAAGUAAAUGUGUAAUUGUUUUUUUGACAGAUUUUACACAAGUUAUGGGAAAAACUAGCUGAAAAGAAACUUGAUGUUUUAGAAGUAACCCAAUCUGAAGAAGGACAACUCCAAAAAUUAAAUAUUGUACUUAAUGCAGUUAACCAUACAUUAGGCUUUCACCAAAAAAUACCCAAAUGGUCUGUUGAAAGUAUACAUUCUAAAAAUAUGGUAGCCAUACUUCAUCUUCUCGUAGCAUUAGUGAGACAUUUUCGUGCUCCUGUUCGUUUACCAGAAAAUGUGUUUGUUACCGUUGUUAUUGCACAAAAAAAUGGAGGACUUCUUAAUGCGCAAAAAUAUCAAGAGCAAAUAACAUCGGAAUAUGAUGAAGUUGGAAUGCGCUGUGAAAAGGACGCCUUUGAUACACUUUUUGAUUGUGCUCCAGAGAAAUUAGCUGUAGUUAAAAAAUCUUUAAUAACAUUUGUUAACAAACAUUUGUCAAAAUUGAAUUUUGAAAUAACUGAUUUAAGUAGUGACUUUAGGGAUGGAGUUUACCUUUGUUUAUUAAUGGGUUUACUUGGCGGUUUUUUUGUUCCACUCCAUGAAUUUCAUCUAACACCACAAGAUGUCGAUCACAUGACAAGCAACGUUGCAUUUGCUUUUGAUUUAAUGCAAGAUGUUGGCUUACCAAAGCCAAAAGCCAGACCUGAAGAUAUCGUAAAUAUGGAUUUGAAAUCGACGUUAAGGGUACUUUAUAGUCUUUUUACUACUUUUAGAAGUUGCGCUUAAAAAAUGUUGAGCGAUGCGAUUUUUAUAAUUAACUGAAUAGUACUUUAACUAAUGCUUUAUAAUUAUAUAAAUGAACCUUCAGGAAGGAACAUAUUGAGUUAUACUAACAUAACUAAUAAUAACUAAUCACAUUAAAAAUUAAAAUUUAAACAUAAUUGUAUAUUAAUUUUUUAACUAUUGUUAUAAAUAAAAAUGAGCAAAAAAC